AUGGAAGUAGAAUACAAGUUCACAUCACAACGUCCUAUAUAUAUUACUUUCUCUCAGACUUGCAAGGCUUAUAAUAGCAUCUACAAUAAUCAUCCUAACGUUAUACUAGCUGAAAAGUUAGACAUGUUGGUCAACCUCAUUACCACACUACUUGCUGUUAUCAUUGCAGUUGAGGCGACUAGAAAUGAGGUAGAUCUAGUCAGUGAAAAUCUACAUGACCAGUUAGCUGAGGCACAGAUCCGAUAUCAAGGGAAAUCAUACCAGAACAACUUUGAUCGUCCACUUCACUUUGAGUGCAAUGCUAAAAAUGGAGAAGCUCUGAAUCAGGUGCGGAGUGUGUAUCACAACAGAUAUCGAGACAGGCUUUGGAACUGGGGUUGUGCGAAAGUUGUGUCUAUUCCCCUCAGUGACUGCUCUUGGCCUGUCUACAUCAAUCAUUGGCAAGCACCCAUCAGAUUUAUGUGUCCCAAAGGAAAAGUUAUGGCAGGUGUGGACAGCAAACACUGGGACAACAAAGAGGACCGUCGUUGGAAAAUCAAGUGCUGCUCAGCUAAAGGCUACCAUACUGAAGAGUGUGAGCUUACAAAGCAAUUGAAUAAUGACAAAGCCUAUUUUGAACACAAGGCAUCCUCAAAUACAAACAAGAGGAAAUGCUCCAAAAACAGACACAAGGGAGACACACAAAGAGCGUUUGUAGGGAUUGUCAGCAACUGGAGGGCAAAUGAUCGAAGGUGGCAAAUGCUUGAAUGUGACGUUGGAAAGGACACUGGGCAUCAUGACCAGGAUAAGAACAGCAGGCAUGGCCACAGAAAAAGUAGCUGUGAUUCAGAAGAUGAUACUCGUCACCACAAAAGCAGGAAUAGGGGAUGCAGUAAGGGCAUGUGUCGUAAGAAGAGUGAAGAAAAUAGCCGAGACCAUACGGAGGGAAAAUCACAUGACAAGUCACACGACAAGUCACGUAGCAAGUCACGUAGCAAAUCACAUGACAAGUCACACGACAAGUCACAUAGCAAGCCACGUAGCAAAUCACAUGACAAGUCACGUAGCAGAUCACACAAUUCUAGAGACAAGACACACCGUCAUCAGGUUUCAGCAGGCCACAGAGGGUGUAGUUCCUGUUCCAAUCACUACUAAUUUCAUAAUUGAUCUUAACUUGAGAACUUUGUAGCUAGAUGUAUUACAGCAUUUUAAGUGACAAGUUUGAUGCUCACU